AUCACCAAAUACAUGACGUAAAAAACGUAUUAAAGUACCGCUGCUUCGUUAACAUAAUUUUUCGUUAAAUGCCAUCUUGGUAUAAAACCUAAAUUUACAUUCUUGUCACGAAUUGCAGUUACUAUCAAAAAGAAGUCAACCACGUCAAAAAGAAGUCAACCUUGGACCAAAACACAUUUUUUCUAAUCUUUCCCCUUGUAUAUUGAAGUGCAGCAAGUCAGUAACGAACCAAAGAGUAAACUUGGAUUUAGAAACGCACGGCGACAGAAGACCGCGCAAGAAGAUAGGAAGGAAAGGAGGCUGUGUCAUCUACCGGGCAUGUCUGAUCUGACCUGACUCAUCACAGCACGACAUCAACACAAAGAUUUCAACACGAGUCAUCAUGUCUGCUGCUGAAGCCAUCCUGGUCGACAGGUCAAAACUAACGGAAGAGCCUGAAUCUCACUCCAUGACUGCUGCAGACAGUAAAGUUUUUUCGGUGGGUGACUUUCUGCUGAGAGACAGUGUACCUCAAUCCAGUUGUUGCUCUGCGUCUACGUUGACAACUUCAACCCUGAACGGACCCGUUUCAUCUUACGGGAUUCCUUACACUCCUCAGACCUCUGUCACCCUAAAGUCGUUUUCACCCUGCCACGAUGAGCAAGAGUCGUGUAAUAAGGUGGAACCUUCAAUUUUUAAACUUGAAACUACCGAGGUAUCGUCAUCGGAGGCCAUUACUCAACCUUCUUCUUUUGGUUCAACGAUGAACUCUUUCGUCAGUGGACUGUCGUCACCUUUUCUGCCCCACAACCUGUUCCUCCGCCAUGCACUCGCGUCGCCGGUCUUCGAUAACGUCCUUCACUUCAGUAAUUCAUUGAGACUCUUCGAUGCGUACGCAAGGCUAAGCGGGAGCGAGACCCCGACGCGGGGACUGCCCCUCCCCACUCCCCCGUUCAGCGACCUUCUCCCUCAAGCCCUCGGAGGUCGGACCAGCUCUUCUACUAAUAAGUCUCCAGCACCAACACCCACGCCCCAAACUGAGGACCCAAGCGAGCCCCGCGUGAAGGAGGAGGAACUCGAGGUUGGGUCUCCACAUCAAGUCCAAGCAGAGCUGCCCCAAGCAGGAGGGGCCAGAGAGUACCAGGUGCGGUGGGGGGAGCACAGGGCGUGGGUGUGCAGGUUUGUCUCCUCACGCCAGGGGGAGACCAGCUCCACCGACAUGACGCUCGUGGGGAGUGAUGGGGCUUCUGUGCAAGUCCACCGCCUCGUGAUGGUCUGUGCCAGUCCCCUGCUGCGACGUGUGCUGCAGGUCAGUCCCCUGCUGCGACAUGUGCUGCAGGUCAGUCCUUUUCUGCAGGUCAGUCCCCUGCUGCGAGGUGUGCUGCAGGUCAGUCCCCUGCUGCGACGUGUGUUGCAGGUCAGUCCCCUGCUGCGACGUGUGCUGCAGGUCAGUCCCCUGCUGCGACGUGUGCUGCAGGUCAGUCCCCUUCUGCGACGUGUGCUGCAGGAUACGCACUGCGAUCAGCCAGCUGUGGUGGUAGUACCGGGCGCGCCAGCUGCCGCUCUGCAAGCCAUCGUCACCAUCUGCUACACCGGCACCGCCUGUCUCGACAAGACCAUCGCGUCGCAAGUCUUGAAGAUCGCGCAAACUCUGGAGAUGCCACAGCUUAUCAUGGAAGAUCUCUUUUCACAUUCAAGCUCCCCUCCCACUUCCCCCUCUUUCCAUUGCUCUUCCCAGCCUCUUACUCCCCUCUUCCCUAAGCCUUUCACUUCCCCUUCACCCCCGAAAGUGUUCACGUUCACUCCACCAGCCCUUCAACGCCCUUCACCUCCCCCUUCAUACUCCGACGCGUUAGCAUCGUCCAUAAUGGCUCGGUCUGCACUCAAGCGUAGACCUCUCACUCCUGACCUCGCACACACGCAGCCAAACGUCAAGAAAGUUAAGACCGGGGCCACCUUCCUGCCUGAGGAAGCCACGUCUAACCUCUCCUUCAGCCCGGGCACGCCUAACUCGACACCCUCGCUGGGCAACUCCCCGCGCAGCGCCUUGCAUGGCUCCCUCCCCUCAUCCCCUUACUUGGGGGUGCCCUUGGGGGGACCUCACACCCCCCGCGACCUGAGAGCCAUGUCCACCAUCAUAGGGUCGGGGGGCGGUAGCUCCCGCGUGCUGCUGUGGAAGUUCUUACUACAACUGCUGCACGACGCGCGCUUCUGUCCCGUCUACAUCAGGUGGCUUGAUCGCAGCAAUGGUGUAUUCAGGAUCAUGGAGUCCGACAUGGUGGCACAGCUCUGGGGCAUCGCACGGAAGAAUUCCAACAUGAACUACGAGAAGAUGUCGCGUGGCAUGAGGACUUACUACAAACGCGGUAUCUUGUACCACAUUGACGGUACAAAAUUGAUUUACAAAUUCAACACAAGUGACGGUGAAGUGCAGCAACACAUGCGUCACUUCGAGGCGACGCGAAACACUGAAGACGGCAGCCUUGCCGAGUCAACUCUUUUCCGCACGACAGCGGAAAACAAUUUACUCGCAGGUAGCAGCUCCAUGGGUACGUCAGGUAGCUCUGCCGAGGUGAACCCUAAUUACGGAAGUCCCAUGGAAGUCUCCGAGUCCGACCACCCAACGACCUCUGGGUCCAUCCUAGGGGCAAGCUUGCAGCACGGCAGAACUACCACCCAAACGAGCGGCACCUCAACAGCCUCUGGUCUUGCAAUCCGUCCUCUGCUGCCUUCAUUCCCGGGGAUGCAACCCAUGCCAUCGUAUUCUGCACUCCCCAAUCUGUCCAUGAAUGCUCUGAAACGCUCCCAAAAAAAUUCAUGCACAUCAACCAAAGGACUGAAACUUCCUGGAUCUCUGAAGCAAAGUGCCAAGAAACUCGAGCAGUUUGGCCUGAACAAACCCAGGAGUAAUUCUAUCCCAAAUUUCCAGACAAGUAGUCGCUUCUCGAAUUUUUUUCAGCCUGCCGAUGAUGGCGUUGCGCCCGAAACUUCAAUGCUUAGAACUGACGUGCAACAAAGGAGUAGUUUUCAUAAGGCGCCGUUGAAUAUUAACGAUGGAGAUGAACGCUCGCAAGAUGAAAACCCUGAUGUGUUUACCGAUCGGUCUGCCUACAUCGCGACCCUGCCGUCUUCUUUUUUUAGGCCAGUAGUGAGUGAAAAAUAAGAACCGAUCGGCAAAAAAAUACAUAUUCCUUCAACCACGAGGAAUAUGUAUUGAAUAAAAUUUAGAAACCUUAUACUGAACGAAAAAGUAUAAGGUUUUAAAGUAAAAAAGUAUUAAAAGAAAACGAAAAAGUAUUAGAUUGUCGCGACCCUGCCGUCUUCUUUUUAGCGCAUUUUCUCAUUUAUGG